UAUAAAUGUUCAUCUAGAAUGCUCCUUCUGCAGUCAAGCGCAGAACAAGAAGCAGCUCAUCGCUCAUUGCUUGCACAUCCUGUAUAAGUUCAGAUCUCCUUUAAGCCACAAACCUAUUUAGCAGUGCAGGUGUCUGAUCGCUCAAAUGCGCUUUCCUGUCACAAUGAAGAGCUAUCUACACAUUGUCAGCUUUAUCAUCCUGAAUUUCAUAGCAGACUGUGGAGCUCAGGCCCAUGUGGUUCACAAGUCAGUAGGAGAAAAGGCUUAUCUCACAUUGAAAGGACAUUGGAAUAUAACAACAGUCAGAUGGAGGAAGAAUCAUAAUCUGAUUGCAACUAUAGAAAACCAAAAGCCAUCUAUUAAACAUCCAGAAAAAUUUCAUAUACAUGUUUCUGACAACUCCUUGGUUAUCUAUAAUUUGACGGUGAAUGACUCUGGAUUUUAUCAAGCUCAAGCUGGACAAUGGGAAGAAGAAAUAAGCCAAUACACACUAAUUGUACAUGAGGCCAUCUCCAAACCAGUGAUCAGUACCAAUCUCGAAUCAAACUCCUCGUCUGUUUGCCACAUCUUGGUAAAAUGUUCUGCUGAUGGUGAUUCAGUGACAUACGACUGUGAUCACCAACACUGCACUCAGACAAACGGCACAUCCACCAGGGUGAAUAUUACUGUCAACUAUAUAGAUAAUGGGGUGUUGGAAUGCAUUGCCAGCAACCGUGUUAGCACAAAACGGACAUCAAUAACCAUAAGCAACACAUGCUCAGAAAAAACACCAGUACCCAACGAACCUAUCAAUGCCAUUUUGGUUUUAAUAACCAUAAUAAGUUGCACAGUGGUGUUUUGUGUCCUGAUUAUCUGCAUGAUCAAACUUUUUUACAAUACCAGAAAGAAAGUUCAGAAUGAAGGAACAUAUCAAGAUGAUAAGGCUGUAAACACUGUCUACAGUGUGGUGCACAAGCAUCCAAGAACUGAGACUCCAGCAGAUAGCAGUGCUGCACAAAAUGCAUCAACAACAGUUUACGACGUUCCCUCGAAAUGUACCAGGACACCCCAGAGUGACAGUGGUGACAGUGUGCAAAAUGAUGACACACAUACAGUUUACUGGAAGCUGGGCCAGACCCAAGAACCAUGAUGCAAUCUGAUCCUGGAAAUCAAUAUUUUACUAAAUAAAAUGAUACAACCUGACCAUAUGUACAGAACACAACUGUAUGUAGCACCCCCCAGAAAAGAAAGCUGUUUUUAUUUGCUAUUUAUGUAUAUGUAUAUAUAUAUAUAUUUUUUUAUAAGAGAAUCUUAUUUUAUCACCUCUCCUUUUUCUACAUUAAAUUAUCGUUAUAAA